UCAAAACUUCAUGACCUUUGAUCACAUGAUUUCUGUAAAGUUCAUGCAGUCGAUUUGUAGGUGUAAAUUUGAUUAUUUUUUAUAAUGCAACACACUUUGAAAAGCAUGUGAACAACGAUGGUCACCGAUUUGACAAAAGUGUUCCGCUCGAACACACAUAUUGACUUUUCCCUCCCCAAACCCCGGUCUGGUCUCUCGAAUCUGCUUCUCGACUUGUUUCCGGAAUUAUUGUGAUGUUGCGCCUCUCGGUUUGAAAUCUGUGCUACUGAGUUUGAGAAACACACACACCCACAACAUUGUUUUAUUAGGCCUACACCAUUAUGAAAUUAUAAAAGUGCUGUGAACUAAUUAAGAUAUAAUUUCUCCAAAACCUUGGUAGGUUGAACGGAAUUGGUUGGGUGGGCGUCUUUUAAAUUGUUGUGAAAUUGUCAUGUAUGCUGUAUUUCGCAAUAUUCCGUGGAUUGGAUGGUUACCGGAAUAACUGGAAUUUGAACAAUGAGUCACGCGAUUUAAAAAAAAAAAAGUCACCUUUCUCCACGAACAAAAAGACUAAAAAUGCUUUCAGUUUUUCACAUAUCUACAUUGACGAAAGGCUUCAACUAGGACAGGUGCCUUCUCCAGCCCACCCUGUGCUAUUGCCUAGAGGGUGAGGAGACAGUUGUGACAAUCGCUUUCACGAUAUGUGAGGCAAAGGUCCGAAGGAGGAAUCGGUCAAACUGUUGCUGAACACAAAGCUCGUGUUACUAUGGAGAUUCAGAGGAACGGAUUCAAAAGAGAAAGUUACAUUCUCUCUGUGGACGUGGGGACAACAUCGAUCAGAUGUCACGUUUUCGACAAGGAAGCCCAGAUUCGAGGAUCAUGCACCACCAAGGUGAAUCUCUUGUAUCCUGAACCGGGCUUGGUCGAGUUGGACCCCGAAGAGCUGUGGAGAGGAUUCGUUAAGGUGGUGAAUGGUGCUGUGCAAGACUCAGGUUUACAGAUGCGUCAGAUGGAGACCCUGGGCAUCUCCACUCAGAGAGGCACCUUCACCACGUGGGACAGGAAAACAGGAGUUCCCUUUCACAACUUCAUCAGCUGGCAGGACUUGAGGGCAGUGGAGAUGGUGAGGUCCUGGAACAACUCCUGCACCAUGAAGGCGAUCCACGGCGUUAUGAUGGUGCUGCACUUCCUGUCCAAAAAUAAGCGCUUUCAGGCGGCCAGCCUCAUAGUCUUCUCCACCCAACACGUCACCUUCCGCCUGGCCUGGGCCCUUCGACACUGGAAACAGUUAAGUCAAGCAGUAGCAGAGGGCACCUGCUGCUUUGGGACGAUAGACACCUGGUUGCUUUAUAAGCUCACAAAAGGAUUGGUCCAUGCCACAGACUACUCUAAUGCCAGUGCCACUGGGAUGUUUGAUUCGUACCAGUUGUGCUGGAGUGAAUUCCUCUGCUGUCUAGUCUCGCUGCCUCUAUCCAUCCUCCCCAAAGUACUGAACACUGGUCACCGCUUUGGCUCAACCGAUCCCUCCAUCUUUGGGGUGUCGAUCCCUAUUAUGUCUGUUAUGGCAGACCAGCAGGCGGCCAUGUUUGGUGAGUGCUGCUUCGACAUCGGUGAUGUGAAGAUCACCAUGGGAACGGGCACCUUCAUGAACAUCAACACUGGGAGCAAGCCACACACGUCUGUGGCCGGUCUCUACCCUGUUGUGGGGUGGAAGAUCGGCCCAGAGGUGGUGUAUCUAGCAGAGGGCAAUGCAGCAGACACUGGCACAGCCAUUAAGUGGGCACAGGAGCUGGAGCUGUUCUCAGAUGUACGGGAGACGGAUGCCAUGGCCAACAGUGUGGCCAACUCGGACGGUGUGUGCUUCGUUCCCUCGUUUAGUGGCCUGCAGGCUCCUUUAAACGAUCCCAAAGCAUGCGCCUCUUUCAUGGGCCUAAAACCAUCCACAACCAAGAGUCACCUGGUCCGAGCCAUUCUGGAGUCUGUUGCAUUUAGGAACAAGCAGCUCUAUGAGACGAUGCUUAGAGAAACACACAUUCCCAUCAGGAAGAUCAGGGCGGACGGUGGCAUUUGUACCAAUGACUUUGUCAUGCAGCUGACGGCGGACCUGUUUGGCAGGAAGGUCGCUCGGCCGACCCAACACGAAAUGUCCUGCCUGGGGGCAGCCUUCGUUGCUGGACUGGAAGUUGGCUUCUGGAAGAGUCAGGAGGAGCUGAAGAAACUGCAGCGCACUGACCGAGUCUUCCUACCCCGGAAUUUGUACAGAAUGGGUGAUGGGGGCACGGAGGGCGAGUACACACCCAUUCUGCAGAGAUGGGAACAGGCGCUGAAACGCUCCAUGAACUGGUACGGCAAUCCCUGAGGCUCGUAGGACAGUGAGACGGACGUAGGCUUACAGUUGGGUGGACGCACAGACGGGACCUCUGGUGCUGCUAACCAAAGCCCAAUGACUGCCUCUAUGAUGUCUGACCUCUCAAUAGUAUCUCUCUUUCCAUGGGUUGGACAGAUGGGAAAAUACUUUUUUUUUAAAAUCGUAUUAUUCGAAGUAAACACUUAUCUGACAUGACUAGAUCUGUAAAAUGUAGUAUAAUCCAACUGUGUUAUAUUAGUGACUAUGUCAAGGAAGGAAGGAUAGGACGAAGGAGGAUGCAUUUGAAAAAUAUUGGAACUGGGUUUUAGGACCGAGUGGACCUCUAAUGCUGCUGAACCUUAUGACAUUUUGACUUGAGGCCCUGGCCAGGCGCUCAAGAUUAUUUUGACCCCAUACAACCUUACCUAACUCAUUACAGCACACGAGGAAAACGUUUUUUAAACGUUUCACGACUGUGAACUAAACUGUCUAGUCUCUCCCUGUUCCAGUGUUUUCAUUGUGUCUGAUGGACCCCACCCAGGUGUCUAGUCUCUCCCUGUUCCAGUGUUUUCAUUGUGUCUGAUGGACCCCACCCAGGUGUCUAGUCUCUCCGUGUUCCAGUGUUUUCAUUGUGUCUGAUGGACACCACCCAGGUGUCUAGUCUCUGCCUGUUCCAGUGUUUUCAUUGUGUCUGAUGGACACCACCCAGGUGUCUAGUCUCUUCCUGUUCCAGUGUUUUCAUUGUGUCUGAUGGACACCACCCAGGUGUCUAGUCUCUGCCUGUUCCAGUGUUUUCAUUGUGUCUGAUGGACCCCACCCAGGUGUCUAGUCUCUCCCUGUUCCAGUGUUUUCAUUGUGUCUGAUGGACACCACCCAGGUGUCUAGUCUCUCCCUGUUCCAGUGUUUUCAUUGUGUCUGAUGGACCCCACCCAGGUGUCUAGUCUCUCCCUGUUCCAGUGUUUUCAUUGUGUCUGAUGGACACCACCCAGGUGUCUAGUCUCUCCCUGUUCCAGUGUUUUCAUUGUGUCUGAUGGACCCCACCCAGGUGUCUAGUCUCUGCCUGUUCCAGUGUUUUCAUUGUGUCUGAUGGACACCACCCAGGUGUCUAGUCUCUCCCUGUUCCAGUGUUUUCAUUGUGUCUGAUGGACCCCACCCAGGUGUCUAGUCUCUCCCUGUUCCAGUGUUUUCAUUGUGUCUGAUGGACCCCACCCAGGUGUCUAGUCUCUCCCUGUUCCAGUGUUUUCAUUGUAUCUGAUGGACACCACCCAGGUGUCUAGUCUCUCCCUGUUCCAGUGUUUUCAUUGUGUCUGAUGGACCCCACCCAGGUGUCUAGUCUCUCCCUGUUCCAGUGUUUUCAUUGUGUCUGAUGGACCCCACCCAGGUGUCUAGUCUUUGCCUGUUCCAGUGUUUCCAUUGUGUCUGAUGGACACCACCCAGGUGUCUAGUCUCUGCCUGUUCCAGUGUUUCCAUUGUGUCUGAUGGACACCACCCAGGUGUCUAGUACUGGAAUAGAUCAAAUAUGUAGAAUGGAGAUGAGCUACAAGAGGAAACUGAACCAAACAAUGUGACCUCUGGUGGUUACUAUCCACCCAUGCUAGAACCAAUGGAUUCCCAUUGAGACCAAUACUCUGUGUAUUUCCAGUGAGACCAUAAAUACACGGUUUAUGAGAUACAAGAUUGUCUCACCUUCAUAUAUAUAUAUUUUUUUAUUUUCUUUUUUAAAAUUGGAAUCAUAAACUAUAACAAAAUUAUAUUCAUUCUUAUGGUCAUAAAUUGAAUGAAUGGUCCCUUCUCAGAAAUCAGCAGUAACUGCUCUCUACGGUGUACUAUCUCUAUUGCCUGGUUGGUUACCCAGACUCCUUGCUCUGGCCAAACGCUGACGCCAGGCCUGCUGACGUUAGUUUCUUCUCCGAGUCUGAAUCUGAGUACCUCCCUGACGAGUUCUAGAAUGUAAACGCAUUUGAACUGUUCUGACCCUGAAUAAAAUAAAUAAAAACCUACUAAAUAAAAACCUACUUGGACCUUAAAGUGGCAGGUAGCCUAGUGGUUAGAGUUGGGCCAAUAACCCAAAGGUUGCUAGAUCAAAUCUAUGAUCUGACAAGGUAAAAAAUCUGUCAUUCUGUAAAUAAGAAUUUGUUCUUAAUUGACUUUCUUAGUAAAAUAAAAAUAAAUAAAGCCAUAUGUGUCCCUGGUCUUUUCAGUUCGCUGCAGCUGGUGACUGGAACGAGCUGCAACAAACACUCAAACUAGACACUUUUUUUCUCAUUAUCUUCAUUCAAAGACUCAAUCAUGGACACUCUUACUGACAGUUGUGGCUGAUUUGUGUGAUGUAUUCUUGUCUCUACCUUCUUGCUCUUUGUGCUGUUGUCUGUGCCCAAUAAUGUUUGUACCGUGUUUUGUGUUGCUACCAUGUUGUUGUCAUGCUGUGUUGCUACCAUGCUGUGUUGUCAUGUUGUGUUGCUACCAUGCUGUGUUGUCAUGUGCUGUUGCCUUGCUAUGUUGUCUUAGGUCUCUCUUUUAUGUAGUGUUGUCUCUUGUGAUGUGUGUUUUGUCCUAUAUUUAUUUUUUUAUUAAAAAUAUAUAUUUUUAAUCCCAGUCUGUCCCCAGCCUUUUUGCUUUUUGGUAGGCCGUCAUUGUAAAUAAGAAUUUGUUCUUAACUGACUUGCCUAGUUGAAUAAAUCAAUAAAAUAAAUAAACAUAGAGAGAAAUAUCAUAUUGGAAGUCUUGUAAAGGCUCUAUAAAGGCUCAUACAUACUUAUAACAAGCUAUAAAGCAUUAUACUGAAGGCAUGAAGUAAAUUAUUACACAAUCUUUUAAUCAGUCAGUGUUGGUAGACUGUCAGUGCCUCAUUGCAGUGCCCCCCUUGUCCAGGAGAGGGAGCUUAUCACUGCUUUUCAACAGAGUUCAGGAACACCAUGGACAAUUCUACGCAUAUGAUGCAUAUACUGUAUUGGCUCUCAAAAGGCUUCCUCUCCUUGUCUACUCUCCUCUGUCUCUGCACUAAUACGAGGGCCGUGUACGGCGGUAGGCCACUGGGACACUUGUUUUCACUGAUCCAGAACUUUUUCAGAGCAGCGUCAUGAACGAAGGAAAGGUGACAAGGAGACGAUAGGAUUUGAUAGAAUGACAUAAUAUAAUACUUUUGAGAAUCGACCCUCAUUUGCCUGCAUGCUUGAAUCGGAAACUCUUAUUUUGAUGUAUGUUUAAUGUUCUUACAGACACUGAUUAUUGUGAUUGAACUGGAAAGACUUGAACUGUUAUUGGAGAGGAAUAUUGCACAGUGUUACUUUAGCCCCGUGUUAUUAUGAACUAAGAGAAAGUCUCUGUUGUCUAUGUUUCUGCCAUUUCAAUGGACUGAGUGCUUCCAACAGCCUACAUGGAGAUUGUGCUGCUUAAUUCUGGCCCUUAUGGGCCACCAUACCCUAAUGUACUAUUGGAUAUUUGUGACAUUUUAACAAAUAGGAUGCUGAUGUUUUAACACUUGAACAAGACUAUUUGAAACCCUACUCUUUAUGUAUAACUGUUGUUAAAACAUUUGCCAAGUACUUACUUGUAAGCACAAUACAUUUUUGAUUUGUCUAUACAUCGUUAACCAUUUGUCUGUGGAUACAAUUGGGAGAAUAGUGUUGUGUAAUAAUGGUUACACGGUUAAUAGUAACAUUAAAAACGUACAUGAUAUAAA